AUGCCGAUGAAGGAGUGGAUCUAUCGGUUGCAACCGGUGCAGCUGUACAUCGUCCUGGCGCUCUCGUUCGUCUACUUCCUCGUGCAGUUGUUCCUGAGCCACGUGUCACACUCGCUGGUUCUGCUCGUCGCCUCGUACCACAUGCUCUGCAACAUCAUCGCCCUCACGGGAUGCAUACUGACGAUUAAGAAAAGUGCCAUACCGUCGGAGCAACCUGACUGUUCGUUGAAGCAGAACGCUCGUUCGGUUUCGCAGCAACUUGCCGGUGAUGGAGUGGAAAAGUUCGCCGAAGUAUCGCUAGCCGGACAGGACACUGCCGAUGGCAGUAGGGCGAGCUCGGGUGAAGAACAGGCGCUCGAGAUCAAGCACAAGGUGAAGGCGAAGGCACGCCAAGCUCGCGAAAGCACGCUCAAGAACACGUUCGGUUGGACGCGCAUCGACAUCCUUACGAUGCUGGUGGUGUGCAUCUUUAUGGCAUCCUUUUGCUUCUCGGCGGUCGUCGAGGCACUGCAGACGCUGUCUCACAUCCACCAUCAGGAUGCGAUGCACUUUCCGGCUCAUAUCCUGGUGCUCGGUGCGAUGGGACUUAUUUUGAACGGGAUUUGCUACCUUCUGAUCGGAGGGUACACAUAUCAUCAGGGAAGCUUCCUGUACAUCACGCCCACCGGGAACGUGAUCCUCGACGAUGUCAUCAGCGGAGAAGGUGUACGAAAGGGAGAUCGUCGAUUGUCUGGCUCACGGCGGCAGGUCACACCUUCGCAACUCCGCAAGCAAUCGAAGCGGCAAAGCGUGCGUGAGCUUGUGCGAGACAUUUGCAGUACGGUUAUGGUGAUCGUGUGUUCUCUGAUCGUGUACUACACCACAGAGGAAACGUCCAAGUUCGUGGAUCCUGCACUAUCAAUCGUAUCCUGCAUCAUCUUACUUACGCUGAGCUAUCCAUACAUGAAAGAAUCGGGUAUGAUUUUGCUUCAAACCAUCCCCGGCACGAUCGACAUAGAAAUCUUUAAGAAAACGCUCCUGGAUGGCUUCCAGGAUAUCGUAAGCGUGCACGAUCUGCACAUAUGGCAGUUGAGUGAAAACCAGUACGUCUCGACGGUACACGUCAUCUUCGAUAACCCAAAGGUGUAUCUUAAAAUCCAUAACGAUGUGAUCGAUUUCUUCCACGAGCAGGGCAUUAAUCAGGUAACGAUUCAGCCCGAGUUUAAGACGACCUCAACGAGCCGCACCCUCGGGACGGAAAUACCGAACUGUCUGAUCCAGUGUCGAGCCAUCGCGCAAUGCGCUCCCCGCACGUGUUGUGACACGGUUGUGCUGAAGGAUGCAGCUAAAACGGAUGUACUGACGGAAGUCGUUGAUAUGCCCCGCGUCGAACCCAUCGAACCGGAAACCAAUGAGAAAAUCCCGAUGAGUUCGUUGCCAACGGCGGAAUCCAUUGGGGAGCCAAGCAGCAACAUGGGUAAAGAAAAUGAAGCUCAAGUCAACCCUCCAGUCACUUCGAUUAAGGCUGAAGCUGAUGAUGGUGAAGUGCAGAAGCGAGUGCAUGAUGUGAGGCAGGAACCGAGCGGCUCAAUCACAGUACAAAUAAGUCCAGCUAAGACUGAAUCCGUGCAGCAGCAAGCGGAAAGUGAUAAGACCGUGUAAAUAAGAGUAUUACCGUCUGGAAGGAACUAAUGUGCAUAGGGGUGAGCGUUAUACGUUUGAAUAACUCGUCGUAUCGCUUGUAGUGUAAAAACGUUGUUCAUAAGAUUUAUGAGAGGAAGUACGAUCUACGAGUUGUUCGCCACUCGAUAGUGCAGUCGGUUGCCAUAUUGCUUAUUCCAACUAUUUAGAAGAAUACAUUGAAAGGUUUUACUUGAAAGAUAGAAGUGCAUUUUUGCGAUAGCGUUAACAUACAUUUUACUCACAAAAUAUCAUAGUAAACGAUGCGAGUUCAAAUAAGGUAAUCGUAAAUGAGCGCCGUAAACGUUUUCGAGUAGUUUGUAGUAUGCUAUGCAAAUUGCCUACCCACCAGGCGCAAAGCGUAAAAUCGCUUCGUUUGACCGCAACGUGGAAAUGGUCUUAUUUUCUUUACCAUAAAUAAAUACUUGU